GAGGUCCUGCGACGGGUCCAGUGGCGGUGGUACCGUCGUGCUGUGUUGACGUCACUUGACGUCAGGUGUGCUGUGUGACAGACGAUGUGACUGUAGCGUGCUUACUACCCGAUACCACAAUGCUUUGCAUCGUACUAUUCAUCUACAUAGCGGCAGUGACAUCGAACGAAAUAGAAACAAGUACAAACAAUGACUUCGAGACAUUGCUCGUCAAAUCUGAACUCGAGAGUGAGUGUACAACUUGCAUCAAAGUCAAUACCACCUGUUACAACAUUUCAUACCUUUUCGACAUUGAUGCUCCGUUCAGAAACAAUAUAGUCAUCAGCAAACUAAGUGUUAUGAGAUCUACCAACAUUAUAUAUUAUAGCUUCGAGCCUAAAAUAGAGGAUGAGGAGUAUUACAAGAUUGGAUUCACUAAUCUAGAUGAUCCAGCCAAUGGAAGCGUUAUUAGUGUAUCUGGAGGGAAAAAAGUUAUGAAUUUUGGCACAUUUGAUCUUGACCAAGACAAUGCUAUAGUUUAUUUGGGUGGAAGCGAUGGUGUCUACGUUUUGGAUACAAAAUUGGACAGAGUAGCCCCGUACAGUUCACGCGGUGACACUGUUAUGAAUUUGUUUUAUAAGGGAAACCUUUAUUUUGUCAGAUACGGAGAGUUUAAGGUAGUCAGAAAGAAAGGCGAUACUUUUGAUAUUCUGAUCGACUUUAUGCCAGUCAAAAUGUUCGUUAUUAACAAAUAUAAUGUCAUAGUUUUUCUGAGUUUUUACGGACUGUUCGUUAAGCGAGGUGAGGAAACUAUGUGGCUGUCGAAGAAUGCGUUUUUUAGAGGACUAGUUAUAGAUAAUCAAGAUGUUGUCUAUGCUUGGUGGAUAGACAGUCUUUACAGAGUUGUUAUAGAGCCCAAGUUAGGCGAGUCCAGGAUUGUUAAGGUGGCUCAUAUACCGUCGAUUGGAGCGUUAACUUUUGACAAGGAUAAUAAUUUUCUGUUCACUGCAGGCAAGAGUUUGUUCAGGCUAAUAGAAACGACGGCUAAAGUUUGUUAAUUAACGACGUACUUCGCCGUGUUUUGUUUUAUUAAGGCAAAUUGACGCCAAUUUUAGUUUUAUAGUUAAAGUUUGACUAGAUUGACAAGAUUUUUUUUUACAAUUUAACACAUAACCCCUUUAAAAGUAAAUACAAGUGAGUUCACAUAUCUGCAUAGCACAUAUCGGAUGCUUUACGGUAGAUUCGUGUGAUCCUUACGAAGCAGAUCAGGAGAAGCACUUGUAUGACUCUAUAGGAAUAAUACUUAUAACGAUUUUGAAAUUUUUGUCUGUCUGUCAGUCUGUUUGUCCGGGCUAAAGUAUGUAACAGCAGAACCUUAAUGGGACUUUCACAGGAAGAUAGCGGAGGUUGUUGAGCUACAUAUUGGCUACUUUUUACCUCUAAAUACUGAAUUUCUCGUGGUGGCAGUCGCAGACGUCCACUAGUGAUAAAUAAGAACUUUUUAAAUGACAGAAAAAUAUUAGACCAGGUCUGGCUGGUGGCAGGCUUCGGUCGGGGCUAGUUAUCACCCUUCCGGCAAAGAUAGAUAGUAAGUAGGAUGUUGUGUAGAAAGCGAGAGGUGUGAAGAUUUUCAUCCUACUCCUAACAAGUUGGCCCGCUUCCAUCUUAGAUUGCAUCAUCACUAUUGGAUAGAAGCAGGCGUUACUUUGCGGAAGUUCAUCAUUAUAUAAUGCAUCAUCACUUACCAUCAGGUGAGAUUGUAGUCAAGGGCUAACUUCUUAAGAACAAAAAAAAAUAUCCUCCGCCUGGUCUGAAUUACAUUUUGAAAAUCUUGUCAAAUAUGUCUCGUGUAUGUUAAAUAUAAAAUAAUUACGGCGUUUUAUUUUAAUUAGUGAUUUGCAGCAGAAUCGAAUAAUUAAUUAAUAAACUAAAUGUUUAGUAACAUGUUGCUUGGCUCAGCGCUAUCGUGUAUGGAACUAAGGGUUCUAACUCAUUGGAGCCACUCUGCACCUGACUUAUUCCAGGAUCCAGUGAGCAUGUUACUAGACGAAGCUUGCAAUGUUAAGUUUAUCGAUUUAAAAUGUUGUAUUUAAUUAAUAUUAUUUAGAGUAAGAUUAUUUUAUUUUGUUUGUUAUAAAGGUAUUACUGAAUGUUUGAACGUUUUUAAGAAAAUAAAAAUAAAAAUUACA